GGGAGGGAGGAGCAAUUGUAGUAUUUCUGUUGAUUUCAUUCCUUGUCGUGGCAGCCGACGAACACGACCGGAGCACAUUUUUUUUUCAAACACCAAGAGUAAUCUAAAUAACGAACAUGCAGUGACUUCGUUUACGAGUUAAACAGGAACUCCAUGAAAUAUUAAUUUGACAGCACGCUGCGCCCUGCGGAGAAUUUAGCUCGAAUAUCCCCGUGCUAUAACUAGCUAGCUACUACACUUGAGCUGGAUACGGUGACCGCUUGGACUUCUUCUCAUCAUUUCUGUCUUAAACAUAUUUCGACCUAGAAAUACCUACGAACGAUACGGGCGGUGGCCUGCAGUCCCAGCGAGUACAAAUCUGGGGAAAUCAUUAACCAGCCGCUGAGAACAGGACGCUAGUACAGGGGUUAAUGACCCACAAUAUGGAGAUCAGACAGAGCAGAAUAGAGGAAUGACAGGGAAUCACAUGAGGCAACAGGCCCUUCUCCCCAUGCCCACCCUAGUGCAUGCCACCACGUGGUGGCACUACCUCUUACAUAAUAGUCCUAAUUCAAUCGCCAAGUGGCAGAGAUCAAAGGUCGCGUGUCCACCUGUCGCAUGUCAUCGGGAAGGGUCGCCCUGGAGACCUUGACCACCGCGACCUUGUGAUGGCUGAUUGACUCAUCACAACCUGCGAAUGCCAAGUGUGCAUCCGAGGGUGGGGCCCGCCUCAGUCUCGCUUAAUUGGCCGCUGGAUGGAAUUGAGGUGAAUGGAACACAUGCCCAAGGAGCAGGACCUGAACCUAUCAGAGGGAGAAGAGGCACGGUGGCUCGAUGGCCCGAAGAGGAAGAGGAAGAACAGCCAAUGUUCGGUGAAGAGCAUGUCUGGGUACAUCCCCAGCUACCUGGAGAAGGAUGAGCCCUGCGUUGUUUGUGGAGACAAGGCCACCGGGUACCACUACCGCUGCAUCACCUGCGAGGGCUGCAAGGGAUUCUUCCGACGCACCAUCCAGAAGAACCUGCAUCCCUCCUACUCCUGCAAGUACGAUGGCUGCUGCAUCAUUGAUAAGAUCACCCGCAACCAGUGCCAGCUGUGCCGCUUCAAGAAGUGCAUCUCCGUGGGCAUGGCCAUGGACCUGGUGCUGGAUGACUCAAAGCGGGUGGCCAAACGGCGGCUGAUUGAGGAGAACCGUGAGCGACGGAAGAAGGAGGAGAUGGUAAAGACCCUGCAGAACCGGCCGGAGCCCAGCAGCUCCGAGUGGGAGCUGAUCCGCAUGGUGACGGAGGCCCAUCGCCACACCAAUGCCCAGGGCUCCCACUGGAAACAGAAGCGCAAGUUCCUGCCGGAGGACAUUGGUCAGUCCCCUGUGGCUCCCACGUCAGAUGGAGACAAAGUGGACCUGGAGGCCUUUAGCGAGUUCACCAAGAUCAUAACCCCAGCCAUCACCCGCGUCGUUGAUUUUGCCAAAAAACUGCCCAUGUUCUCCGAGCUGCCUUGUGAAGACCAGAUCAUCCUCCUGAAAGGCUGCUGCAUGGAGAUCAUGUCCCUGCGGGCGGCCGUGCGCUACGACCCAGAGAGUGAGACACUGACCCUGAGCGGCGAGAUGGCUGUGAAGCGCGAGCAGCUGAAGAAUGGCGGCCUGGGCGUGGUGUCGGAUGCCAUCUUUGACCUGGGCAAGAGCCUGGCGCAGUUCAACCUGGAUGACACAGAGGUGGCGUUGCUGCAGGCCGUGCUGCUCAUGAGCUCAGAUCGCUCAGGCCUCACCUGCGUGGAGAAGAUCGAGAAGUGCCAGGAGACGUACCUGCUGGCGUUUGAACACUACAUCAACUACCGCAAGCACAACAUUCCUCACUUCUGGCCCAAGCUGCUGAUGAAGGUGACAGACCUGCGCAUGAUCGGGGCCUGCCACGCCAGCCGCUUCCUGCACAUGAAGGUGGAGUGUCCCACCGAACUCUUCCCCCCGCUCUUCCUGGAGGUCUUCGAAGACCAGGAGGUCUGAACUGGGCGGGGGCAUCUUGGUGGGAACACAUUGGGAUUGGGCAUGACUUGCCUCUGCAAACGUCAGACAUCAAACACACCAGCAGCAGCAGCAGCAGUUUUCACAAAAGGCUUUCUUUUCUGGCCCCUUAUCUUUUAAAUCAGCCAGACGGCCCUUCUGUCUCAGAGCUCAAACUCAGCGUCCCUCCAAACAUGCAAAUGAUAUACACACAAAGAAACACCUUCUCCUUAGUUUAGCUCUUCCUCAUGGUCUGUUCUUGUGUGUCCCAUUGCUGGUGGCGGUUGUUCUUUACCCCUGUUUUACAGGUUGCACCGCCAUGGACUAAACUGGUAGUUUUCCAGUUUUAAAGCCCAACAUUAAUGUAAGACAUUAUUUCUGGGAAACAGGCCCAAAGGACACACAUGCAGUUGCACAAAAGCCUUUGUUGUACCAGGCUUUUCUGUCUAAACAGUACCUGAAAGCACUUAACUGCACCAGAGUCUGACUCUAGGAGGAUGUUGUAUCCAGGCUUGCUAAUUUCAUUCAGUUGUUUAAUUAAGAUCUCAUUUAGUCUUGGUUGCAAGGUUAUUUAGAAAGCAAGUCUGUGAUAGUGUUUGAGAAAAGGCCUCUAUAAUGCAUUUUGCAUGUUUAUGAAAUAGGUCACCUACAGCCCUCUUUGGCUUUAGGAACAGCGAACUGUGCUGUCCCAAAAGGCCCAGCGUCUGGCAUUCGGGCCAGCCACCGCCAAAUGAUCCAGUGCGUAGUGAGCAGGACCGCAGUGCUGGUCUGAGCGUUCUCCACCCCUUCUCUGUCACCCUUGCUGUGCAAAGUUGCCUUGUCAUUGCCUGCACUGCACCUGCCAGCAUCAGCACCUCCUCUGAAUGACAAUUGAGCCAUUCUUCCCCGGGGAAGGUCACUGCAGAGGAAGGGAUAGGGGUGGGAAAGGAGUUCUUAGAGGGUUCCUGCUUAGACAGAGAGACAGACAGAGAGACAGAGAGAGAACCCAUGAGAGCCUGGGAAAGUGAGUUGAUAGCUGGUCAUCUGUAGGGCCAGUUCAACAGCGCUCCCUUUCUGCGGUGCCUUUGCACAGCAGUCUGCCAGCACCUUCUAUCCCCCCCCCUCCCCCCACCCCCCGGUCCAACAGCCAAUAACCAAGCACCUGAACAGCACUGAGACCGCCAUCUCAUGCCAGGAGGGCCCUAGGCCCGCACCCUCAAAGCACCUACCUUCAGCCGUUACACUGUGUCGUCGUUGUUUGGUUUUGUUCUCAAGGGGUGGAGGGGGCUGCGUUUGUCCACGUUUACAGUGCAUUCCACUCCUCCACCCCGCCACACACUCAGACACCUCAGAGUAUCAAAUGCCGUGCUUACUGUGUAUACCACAGCGCUGCAGCGCGUGUGGUCAAUAGGGGCGGGAGUCUUUUGGGGCUCCCGCCUUCUGUUUGGUCAGUUACCUUCAGACCCUCCAACUUCGUAGGCCCUGCUGUGGAGCGAAUGAAACCCUAGGGAGGGAGGGGUCGGGUUGGGAGAGGGGGCCAUGCUGCCUCCCUCCAACCCCAAUCGCUCUGACUGGACGAGGGCCGUCACGGUGGCCGUCAUUUACCUCGGUGUGGGCACCUCGGGCUGUGGUUGUCGAGGACUGCCCCUGUACUGACAGGCUCUACCUCACCUCUGGUAACAGGGCAGCUGCCCACAGCCCCCACCUCACACACACUCUCACAUAUACAGACACUCAGUGCUGUCCACACAGACUCCCCAAUCCGUUACACAGUCCAGUCACAAUACCACUGAAGACAGGAGGGCCCACCAUUCACUGUUGUGAUCUACUUGGGUUUUUCUCUUUUUCUGUUGGUCAGAUUUUUUUUGGAGAAAGGGUCUGGGAAAUGAAUAUGUUUGUUUUUUUUUUUUUUUUUUUUUUUUUUUUGGGACCAAGUUUCACUUUGGAAUCCCUUUCUGUCAAGACAGAGGAAAAAGAAAGGUGGAUGCACAUCUACAGACUGUGAGAACAAUGAGAUGAGAUAUAAAACCUCAAGGUGGCCAGGCCUAGACUGGUGGGGUUUAAGCACUGUUUUUGAGGAAAAACAUAAAAGACAACCUCAUUUAAAAUGCCAAGCAGACAUUGGUGAAAGAAGUGGUGGGAGUGAAGCAUUUUCAGCAAGUUGAAAAGAGAUGGAGCGGGAGGAGGGGGGUUAGUGGAGGUCAUAAUAGCAUCUCUAGAAGGCCAAGCUAUACUGCCACGUUAACCAUCUGAAGAUAUUUAGCCCCCCCGGUGCAGUCAAGAAAUCAAAGGCACAACCCCCCUGCAGACCUCAGAGCCUUCAGAAGACCCGCCGAGCUCCCCUCUUCCAGGCCAUCCCCUCUCCCCACCACUCUGCAUUGCCUCCCUGGACUCCGCUCCACUCGUUAAUGCACCUCCCCGUCCCCGCUCAGCUCCGUGUGCCCAGGCCUCCAUGCCAUUGGCAUAUUUUGCACUAAAGCAGAAGCAGCCCCUCCUGCCCAGCCCCAUGGCAUGCACUCUCCCGAUGACUCUUGAUCUACUCUGUCAAACAGAGAUGGAUCAAGAGUGAUAAAGCCCACAUUCUCACAUUGUCAGUAUUAAAAAGAACAUUAACAAAUGGUAGUGAUAGUCCUUUAGUUCAAGAUGAAAGUGGUAGUUGUUUGGGGGAUAGUGGGGGAAAUGUACCCCACUGUGUGCCUGGCCCCUAUGCUUUUGGCGCUGUGUAUCAGCUCUGGUGCAUUCCCCCAGCCCCCCAAAGCCCCACAUACCUCCAGCCAUUCUGGGGUAACACCAAAUGGGGAUAGUCCGCUCCCUUGUUAGACAAGGUUGGCUGGCCAGGCUGCACAACGAAGGGCCACCAAAUUAAUGUGAAUGGGAUACAGAGGCCACCGUGGAAGAGGGAGGGGGAAGGGGAAUGGGGAACCGGGAACCACAACGCCCCACCAUCAGUGACAGAGGAUGAGAAGAAGGGGAGUGAUGUGAUAUGGAUCCAGGAGGCACUGUUACUAGCAUGGGAGACAGGAGGAGGCAAAAAGAAGCACUGGGCAAGGUGCAAGGAACAGAGAACACAUCAUUUUUUGAAUGGAGCAAAACCCCCCACUCCACUCCUGCCCUCCCCACACACCUAUCCCACCCCAGCAAGCAGAGUGCACACAUGCACCAUGCUUGGAGGCUGUCCUUUAAAUGCACCAGCACGGCAGAACGGCACCUCCUCACUCCUAUAUAUAUAUAUAUAUAUAUAUAUAUAUAUAUAUAUCUAAGCACCCCCCCCUCAAUUCCUCGACUCUAAUAUCUCUCUGGAGAGAAAUUUCAACUCUAAUUGAGAAAAACAAGACAAAUGGCAUUCCAUUGAUGCGGGUACGGGAUAACACAAAUCAGUUUAAAAAACAACAAAGCAAAGAAAAAAACAACAAAUCAAAGGUUCUCGUGCAAGUUUUGAGCUUCGUUUUCGUGAGCUGACCGGGUGAGCUGACGUGUGUGUGUGACACUAGGGGUUACAAUGCUGCUUUACCUUCUGAGUCUAAUCCAGUUUUAUUUGGGAAAAAAGAUAACAAAAUAAUUAAAAACCUAGAAACAACAUUUAAAAAAUUAUGACUUUAAAGACUCCAGAACAAAGUCGAGAGCUUGGAGAUUGAGCUGUUUUGUUUUUUUAUUAUUAUUAUUUUUUAAUUUCAUUUUAUCUCAAUGUGUUUUUUGUUGAUGCUUAUCUGCUCUGUGUUAAAAAAAGACAAAAACAGCCGUAGUCACUUUUUGACCAUGCGUGCAGUGUAACCUAGACAGAAAUUUCAGUUCUUUUUCACCUCACCUCUAGUUUGUAUUGAUACGCCAACUGCUCUGUUGUCUGUGUGUCUGUCCUAUCUUCCGUCCCUUAUAUCAGGAGGAAUUUGCAACAAACAGGAAUUUUUCUCUUUUUUUCAUUUUGUUUCCUUUUUGUAAGAAAAAAUGACUUUGCAAAAAAAAAAAG